AUGAGCCAGAUAUCGCCGACGGGCACACAAAUUCCUCAAGUGGAAGACUCGUCGAGUCAGACAAAUGGGCCAACUACUGCGCCAACAUCUGUUCAAUCUUCUCAAUAUUUCCACAAGUCCACCCCCAGCCUGCCCCUAGGUCUGGGAUCGAACUUCUAUGAGGGCAUGGGUCGUCUGCAGCAGCCAUUGGUUGAAAAUGGGCCCCAAUGGAUGGUACCAGGUUCGGAACAAUCCCAGAUACAGUUGGCCCCGGCUCUACCUCAAAAAACAGUUUCUGACAUCGACCAUAUGGUGGACGUGCUUAAUAACGGUACUCCUACAAGUCCGGCUGAUUAUGCCGAGCAUUUAUUUAAAGUAGCUACGUUGCUACUAAAUGGUGAACUCACUGAACAACAGAUAACGACUCUCGAAGCAAAAUUCGUGCUGCUAGCGGAUAUGCUCCCUGAGUUUGUUGAGGUGGAGAACCCUGCCUCGUCCCAGUUGUAUAAGGUGGUGGAAAGAUGUUUUGAUGUACUCGUCAAGGUUUCCACCAGCCAGGCCAAGGUUCUGGUUGCUACGUUGGCCAUCCGCUUUCUCACAACAGUCAUUAUGUCGCUCAACUACUGGGAGAUCUAUAACCUACUUCAGUGGAAACCGGCCAUCUACCAGUUCCUCACAUUAAUUCAUUUUGAUUUAAAUGAGUGCUACCUGCGCUUUAUUCGUGACUAUCUGAAGUAUUCAUACAAGCAGAAUAGCUUACCUCGAUCAGACCUUCAGAGUGCUGCAGUAAUGAAGGAACGCAACAAGAGAGACCUCGAGCGCCGCCUCUCCAUGUCUGCUUCCCCAGAAGCGGAGGAAGUUCUGGAUGAAAAAUCCCCACUAUAUUUCAUGAACAAGGAGCUUAGCGAAGACCACGAUAAGUUUGUGACCGAACAAAUGGCAGAGGAGGUCGAAAAGCCAAUUCCUCGCGAGCGCAGAAAAAUUAGAGUCGAUUCAAAAUUGGCAGCUCACAGGGUGAUUAAGCGGGCAGACAUCAAGGUUGCACCUAGCAGUAGGUCAUCCAACUACGAUCCGGAUGUUAUUCAUGAGUGCCAAAUGCCAUCACCAGAUGAGCCAGAUAAAUUGUGUUUGAGACGGUUUUCCAGGAAGUACGAGUUGAUUAGACACCAAGAAACGGUGCAUUCCAAAAAGAAAAAGUUGUUUAAGUGUUUUGUAUGUGUGAAACAGGAUCCUAGCAUUGGUCCGAGGAUAUUUACUCGCCACGAUACUCUAGCCAAGCAUAUUCGAGUAAACCAUAGAAUAUCAGGCAAAGAGGCAAAAGCGGAAGUGGCAUACUCCAAGAAGCAUGCUGAAAUCGUUGAGGAAGGUGAUAUCACGGUGCAUGUUGGACGCAGAAAGACUAAAGUUGAUUUCGAGCUUCGGGCUCACAUGGAAAAGAAGGGUUCCGCCAGAGAGGCGCCAGACGGAAGUAUUAUCUUUGAUGACAUUGGUGACUCUCCUCCAGACUCAACAGAGUACGGAGACGAUGACGAGAUAUACGACGAUGAGUAA